UCACCUGACUUUACAUUUUUUUCCUUUGCUCUGCUAUUUGUUUCCUUUCUUCUUUCAUCCUCUCUCUCUCGCUGGCUCGAGUAGUGCCUCAUUGAUGACCUAAAGCUUAGCUCAAGCUCCCAAGACCAAUGGCCGGCAUAGUGUCAGUGUUCAAUAAGUUCCUCUCUAUUUUUAUCCUCCUCCUCCACCUUGGUUGCUUUAUUUUCACAGCUAAAGAUCAUCAGCCACCGACCAAGAAACGUAAAGUCUCUCUUCUUUCUCCCACAUCUUCUUCUCCAUCUCGCCGAAAGCCUUACAGAGCUCUUUCUUCCUCCUGGUCCUAUCUCAAACGCAUCUUCUCCGCUAAGGCCGACAAAAUCACCAGCUCACAGGCUCAAUCUCCAGUUACGACUCUCACCUCAGCAAGAUCAUCCCAGCAGUCCAUAGUCUCCAUGAUCCCUCCGGAAGAUCACUCAUCCGAUAUUCCUCCACGUAAAAAGACAUCCGGGUCUUGUGAGGAAUCAGAUAUCUCAACUAAUGAUCAGUUCUUUCCUUUGCGAAAUGAUAUCUUUCCGUGCACAGCUUGCGGCGAAAUCUUCCAAAAACCUCAGCUUCUGGAGCAGCAUCAAGCGAUCAAACAUGCGGUGUCAGAGCUUCUAGAUGGAGAUUCAGGGAAGAAUAUAGUCCAUAUCAUAUUCAAAACAGGUUGGUCUUGUAAAGAGAAGAACCCAGAAAUCCAUAGGAUUUUAAAGAUCCAUAACAGUCCAAAGAUCCUAUCAAAAUUUGAAGAGUACAGAGAACUUGUGAAAGCGAAAGCAACAAGAAAUGGUGGCGCGAAGAGAAGAGACGAAAGAUGCAUAGCAGAUGGUAAUGAGCUGUUAAGGUUUUACUGUUCGACAUUCAUGUGUGAUUUGGGAGCGAAUGGAAAUUCCAGCAUUUGCAACCAGCAAUACUGCAGCGUUUGUGGGAUAAUAAAGUCCGGCUUCUCACCCAAGAUGGACGGAAUUUCUACACUAUCGAGUAGCUGGAGAGCGCACGUGGCGAUCCCUGAGGACGUGGAAGAAGAGUUCAAGUUUAUGAACGUGAAACGGGCGAUGCUGGUAUGCAGAGUUCUAGCGGGUCGGGUCGGGUGUGAACUGGAAGAGGAAGUGGAUAAGGAAAAUGGAGGGUUUGAUUCUGUGGUGGGGAGAGGUGGAAGUGGGGUCCAUAGCAGAGUGGACGAAGAAGAUCUACUGGUGUUUAAUCCAAGGGCCGUGCUUCCUUGCUUUGUGAUUGUGUAUACCGCGUGAUGAUGGUGAUCAUUUAAUAUGGGUUUUUAUAUAUAUAUAUUUUAUUUAACGUGUGAUGUUGGGGUUGAUAUGAUAUGGUGAAACUUGUUGUUUAUGUUUUACAUGGUCUCUGAACGAGGACAAGUAGUCAUAAGUCAACCCAAUUGCUCAAAAUGAUUAGUUUUUUUCCCCCAAAAUUUGAGCCAUGAUGAAGGGCUUAUAAUAAUUAGUGGGGAUAUAUAUAUAUAUGUGGUGUAAAUCACUUUCCUGUUAGGAUUUGGACUAUUAAUGGAGUAUAUAAUAUGCUUAAUUGUGUA